CCUUCAUCCUAGUUUCCACCUAUUUUCCCUUGUCAAUUUCUCUUCAUCUUAUCAUUUGAUUGAUAAUCUUCAGCCUCAUAAUAUUUUGUUCAUAAGAUGACCUAAAUAUAAAGAUCAAAGGUAACUUGGGUCACAAAGAAUAUCACAUUAUUUGGAUGAUCAAAGUUAACUCUAGCAUUCAAAACACCCCAUACACCAAGCAUCUCCAUCUUUAAUUUUUUUCUUAGAUCUAAAAGCAUGUACUUUUUCACUGCUUUUAUAUUAUUCCUUACUCUAUUGAAUAUAGUUGUUUAUUAUUCAAAGAAACAACAGGAGGAAGAUGAUGUUGAGAAGAAUGAUCCAUCGUCAUCACCCGAUAAACAGUGUAGACGUUUUAAACUUGCUGAAAUCAAACAAGCUACUAAUGAUUUUGAUGAUGCUCUUGUUGUUGGAAAGGGGGGCCAUGGUAAGGUAUACAAAGGUAAAUUUGACUUUUGGGAAGGAGUACAUGUUGCCAUCAAGAGAUCAAAUCUUGAAUCCAAUCAAGGGGCAGCCGAGUUCUGGGUAGAGAUUGAAAUGCUCUCCAAGUUUCGUCAUAGUCAUAUCGUCUCUUUAUUAGGAUAUUGUGAAAAAGAAAUGAUCCUUGUUUACGAAUACAUGCCCAAUGGAAGUCUUGAUGAUCGUUUGCACAAAAGAAGAAGUAAUUAUUCUCCAUUAACAUGGGUUCAAAGGCUCAAUAUUUGCACAGGUGCGGCACGUGGUUUAGACUAUCUCCAUACGGGUACAGGUGUCCACCGCAGAGUCGUACACCGUGAUGUCAAGAGUUCAAACAUCUUGCUGGAUGAGAAAUUGGUAGCUAAGAUUUCUGAUUUCGGGGUGUCCAGGAUUGGUCAAACAUAUCAGUCAGGUUCUACCGCAGAUGUUUAUACCAAUCAGAUCAGAGGCACUUUUGGGUACAUGGAUGCUGAGUAUUUCUCAACUCACAGACUGACACGAAAAUCUGAUGUGUAUGCGUUCGGUGUGGUGUUAUUGGAAGUGUUGAGUGGCAGACCUGCUUUGGAUUUUACAUUGGAUGAGCAGCAACACAGCCUAGCUGGAUGGGCCAAACAAUGCAUAAAAGAAGGUAGGAUGGGUCAGAUUUUUGAUCCAUGUUUGAAGGGGCAAGCCCCGUUUAGCUGCCUGAAGGAAUUUGGGCAACUUGCAUAUGAAUGCAUCCUUACUCGUUCUAAGGAUCGACCCACAAUGACUAAGGUUCUGGCUAGGCUCGAGUUUGUGUUAACAUGGACCCUGCAAAGUGCGCAGAUAGCUAGUGACCGAUUCGGAAGAUCCAUGUUUAUUGAGAAGGCUUGGUCAAUGUUUUUGACCAAAGGUUCAAUCCUCAGAAGUUCUGAUGCAAAAACACUGGGGCAAAGCAUCGGCAAAUAUAAGAAAGUCAUGAUGAUGAAAAAACAUGCCACAAAGGUGGUGGAAGUUGGCUGUCAUAGUCGGCAGAUGGUGCCACUGUCGCCUAGUGGGCAGACAAUGAUAUCAAGCCUGAAGAUGUUCAAGUUUUCCAAGCUACAGAGGGCCACAGAGAAUUUCAAACAGGACAGGUUCCUUGGAGAGGGUGCUUUCGGGAAGGUUUACAAAGGGUGGUUGGAUAGUGUAACAUUUGCCCCACGGAAAGCUGGUGAUGGGCUUGAAGUGGCCAUCAAGAAAUCAAAUCCCUACAGCACUCAAGGCUUCAACGAGUGGAAGGCAGAAGUGAACUUCUUGGAAAAAUUUAGCCACCCGAAUGUUGUUAAGCUGUUUGGAUAUUGCUGCGAAAAGAACUUUCUUCUCGUUUAUGAAUAUAUGCAAAAAGGAAGCUUAGAUAUGCAUCUCUUCACCGAAGGUGCAGAACCCCUUCCAUGGGACACACGGAUUAAAAUAGCAACGGGAGUAGCUCAAGGUCUUGCUUUCUUGCACACUACAGAUAAUAAUAUCAUUUGCAGGGAUGUGAAAUGCGCAAAUAUUUUGUUAGACGAGGCAAGUAUAAAACUAACAGAACUUACUUUAAAUAUUUGUAUAUGAUUAUGGAUGCACACAUGUUAAGAAUUUUGAUGUUCUUGAUUCAAUACCAUAAUUUUUAUUAAUUUUUAAAUGGGGAACUGGCCUCUAAUAAUCUCACCUAGACCUUAUUGGCCAUUA